UUAUGCUUUAGGACUUAGGGUUCAUCUUGUUUGGGAGUUUUAAUAACAAGCUCACCUCUCAUAAGAAAGCAACAAGAAAUGACAAAGUCUAUGGAAUGGCUUUCAGGGCUCAGGACUUGGGGUUUAGCUUGUGGGGGGUCGCACUUAACAACUGAAUGGGCCAAUGGCUUAUAGCCUUAUAAAACUGAGAACUGACAAACUAGGGGCAACGGGUCAUAGGGUCUUAGGCGGCAGACAUGCGGGGGAGCAUGACGAUAACGAUGAUGUUGUGGAUGAGGAGGUCUACAAUGACGAUGAUCGCGCUGACCCUGACGUUGAUGAUGUGAUGGAUGACGUGGUGUUGAUGCAGGAAGAGCAGCAACUUGUGUUUGAGCUCCAUGGUCGAUUUGGUAAUCAGUGGGCGCGGAUCGCGUCCCAGAUGCCGGGCCGUACGGACAACGAGAUCAAGAACUUUUGGAACACGAAGCACAGGAAGCUGAAGCAAAACAAGGUGAACGGGGAGAAAGGAAGCAGUGAUGGGGCUGCAAAUGCUGGUGCUGUGGGAGGAGGGCCUGGCGCUGGUACAACUUCGACGGGAACGAACACUGCUGAAAGCAGCGGGGCUGGUGGCGGAAGUGGCGGGGCGAGAGGGGGGGAGAAAGGGGGGGAAAGAGGGGGGGAGAGAGGAGGAGAAAGAGGGCAUCACCCCGGCAAAAUGUCGAACGGUACAGGAAGCUCAUCUGGGAGAUCAACACAUGGGCCUCGCUCGAAGAGCAGUGGAGGCGGAGGCAGCAGUCAUGCAGCAGCGUCGGCAGCUGUAACGAGUCUUGAGAAUGGCGGUGGCGGUGGUGGAAGUGGACACCAUCAUUCUCACAUGAGAGGCUCGAGAAGCCAUCAACAUCACCAUGGCAGUCAUGGUUGGAGUUCUCUGGGCUCCGCAUCUUCAGAAGGAGGGGGAGGGGGAGGAGGAGGAGGAGGAGGAGGAGGAGGCGGAGGAGGAGGUGGAGGUGGAGGGUGUGGUUUCCCUAAGGUUCCCUCCACCAACUCUGCCACGGCAUAUCUAAUCACUCACAGCGGCGUGAAAGGCAGCAACAGCAGUAGCAACCUUCACGCUCACGGAAAGCAACAACAGCAACAGCUGCAUCCGCAUCAGAAUGCUGGUGCGGGAUUCUCUAGUCUAGAUAUUACAGUUGGCACUUGCCAGCAUUCUGGAGGAGCUGGCUGUGUUCUAGGGAGCCCGAGUCCAUCCACAGUUCUUGACCCAUUCGAUGGGCUGCAUGAAGAGAGCACUCGUCAUCUCGUGGACGACAACGAUGCCACGGGGGCGGCCGAGUUUGAGACGGCCACAUCGUCACGAGCGGGGAUAGCCCGGGUCAGCCGAGGGGUGGAAACGUGCACGGAUCUGGCGCAGUCGUUCUCGGCAUGGGAGGAAGACAAUUUCCCGGAUCAUGGCCAGGGAAAAAUGCAUCAGGGACCUACGAUGGUGUCCGCCGCCACUCAGGCGGAGAGCCACAGCAGCAGCGGGGACAAGGAACAGGUGGAGAGUAUGGUGGAGGUGGUAGGAAAACCGGCGUGCAAAGGAAUUGCAGCGGCAGCGGUGGCCGCUAUGGGGACGCACAGCGGUGCGUCGUCGUCGGGAAAGAGCGGAUUGACGUCGCACACAGCGGGUGUGACAACGGGAAGCGGGGGGGGGCGAAGUGGCGGAGGCUCGCGGAAGAGGGAGGCGAGCAGCCAGGGAGGUGUUGGCGGGAUUGCGAACUGUGUGGCGAGGGGGCACUUGAGCGGAACGAAGGCGGUAGGAAGUCCGAGCAAGGUGAGGAAACGACUGUCGUCGUCGUCGUCGGCAGCUACUGCUGCUGCCGGCGCCGCCGCCGCUGCGUCUGCCUCGGCCUCUGCCACGCCAGCACCUCCCUCCGCUGCGCUGGUCACUGCAACCACGGGCAUGACUAUCAUGCCCUCGACAAACUCUCCGAGAAGAAUCGUCAUCAGGCGUAAUGAUAGGCAACUGGCGGCUACCUCUACUCAGCAAUCGCAGCAGCAACAGCCACAGCAACAGCCACAACAGCAGCAGCAGCAGCAGCAGGCAACUAGCGCUUGCCACCUGUCGACGACACCGGUCAGCCCGCUGUCAGGGGUUCAACCUCCGGCGUUACCGGCAGAUGUAUUCGGCUUGUGGACGGCUGCAGGGACGCUUGGAGGAGCUGGUAUGGUCGUUGGGGGCGGAUUGGAAGACUUCUGUGCGCAAUCUUGUGAUUGGGCGACAGCAGGAGUAGGGCCAGCGGCGCACGCGUUUGACGAACCAACCCUGAGCGUCGGUACCGAGCCUGGCAAGCUCGUUUGGGCGGAUCCUGGCCCAAUGUCCGGUCACAAAGAUGGCUGUCUGUACCCGGGACCAGAGGGUGACGGGUGGAUUUCCUUGACAGAGGCAGGAAUAACCAGCACAAACUCCUACUCCCAACUAGACUCCUCCGCUCCUACCCCUACGAUGCUCGCCUUGGAAAACAGAUCACCAGGUAUGACCACGUCUGCAGAGCUAGAUGAGCAGCUAAUUAAGGUCCCAUCCCAUUCCUCCACGUGUUUGGCGGCUGACCUAGGUCAGCAGUUGGACAUACCUCCACUCGUCGUCGAGUGGUCGGAUAUGAACGGCUGUGAACAGAGGAUUCCACACGAUUACGAGUUAAUCGAAGGGGUCCUACUGGAGGAAUUUGAUAUACACUUGAACGGUCCAGAGGCCUUGACCUUCCUUGAGGUUCCGUUGUAGUUAGGUUUCGAACUA